GGAGGAGGAGGAGGGAGAGUUUGACGGCCCUAUGUAUGGGAAGGGGCGUGCAAAAGUCAAAGCAGGUGUAUAGCGCUCAGUACAUAAAGCAUAUGCUACAGUACAUGGCUUCCUGCGAAUUAUGUCUCGGUGAUAUGCUGAUAUCUGACAGGAGGAAGUACGCUACAAGGUCGAUUGGCUAAUGGUUUAUGGGGACGGAAGCGGCGCGCGGUUUAGAAUAACUAAGGGUAGUUAUGGGUUUGUUGGAUAUGACAGGAGUGACAUUUGGGCCGAAAGCUCGUGGUUCGUAAGCAUGUUGCAUGAGGCACGUGGCUGGAGCAGGUAGUCCUGGACCGGGCGUGGCUCAUGACAGGAUCGCGCGCGAAUCGUUUGGACUUGCAACGUCUUUAUGAAGACCCACCCGUGUGGGUUCUGAACAACAGGGACUUUUUUUACAUGUGAGUCGGCAUCCUUUCACCAGGGCAAGUACGCAAACAGCUUUGAGCUGUUAGUACCCAUACCAUAGUUCAUCACGUUACUUGUCAAAUGGCUUCCUUUGACGUUCUUGCGUGGAGACAUCUCCGUCGUGCAGGUCGUUCGUCCCCGAACUCUCGCGAGACGCCCAUGUACCUCACAGCUGGUUCUAGGGUCACACAUUCCAAUACGUCUCUGUGUGCUAUAUACUACAUUCUAAAUAGUAACGUUUGAUCCCUGAUAUCCUUGCUGAUGGUGCUGCAUGCUACCUGCCUGAAGCCCGACCUUAGGAGUUAACUGGCGCUGCAACUUGGUAGGCUAUGCCAUUCCUCAGGCGCUGCCUUAAAGGGGUGGACGUGUGAGCUCUGGGGCGUUAGGGGCCCGGGGCUCGCGAUUUCCAACCCGGAAGCUUCCAAUUUGGCGUAGCCCAGAACUCCAUGCCGCUACUGCAAUGUCGGGCCAGAGUUACUACGAGCUUCUUGGCUUAAGCACUAUUGCAACAGAUAACGAAAUCCGCCGAGCCUAUCGCCGCUUGAGUUUGCAAUGGCAUCCCGAUAAGCGUAAGGAGGUGAAGCCGGGGGCAGACGAGAUCUUCCGCCUCAUCCAAGAGGCGUACGAGACCCUCUCCUGCCCGGAGAAGCGACUCCUCUACGACUUCGCAGGCGCUUUCGCAGCCCUAGCCGAUGUCACGUCCAUCCCAUCUCUCUCGCCCAUCUCCGCGGCCCAAGCCCGACAAAAGCAGCAGCAGCAGCAACACCAACAACCAACAACAGCCGGCGCCCAGGCCGCCACCUUCGCCUCCUUCCCUCGUCCCUCCAGCUGGGACGACCUCUCCCCCUCCCACCUCCACGCGCCCUCCUCCAACUCCCUCUCCGCCUCCACUCUCUCCUCCUCCUGCCCCUCCUCCGACCUCACUUGCAUCUCCUCAAGCCCCAGUCCCAACCCCAACCCCAUGUCCGCUGCCGCUGCCGCCGCCGCCGCACCAGCCCAUGCCGCCACCUCCGCCUCCCUCUCCAUCUCGCCGCCCACCACAUUUUGUAGCCUACAGCUGUUCCCAGCUGCUGUUCACGAACCCACGAACAGAAGCAACACCACCAACACCAGCAGCACUCCUCCGGGUCCCGCCAGCAGCCCCGCUGUGGUGAGCCCCGGCAUGCUGCUCGGCAAACGCCGGGCGCCAGGUGCCGACUCCUCUCUAGCUACCGCCGCCACCGCCGCUGCUGCUACUGCUGCCACUGCUGCUGCUACUGCUCCCGCCGAUCGUCAUCAUCUCCCGGAUGUCGCCCCUUCACUUGCACAUCCACAACACCAUCCACAACACCAGCUAUCGGCACGACCCCAGCCCCUGCACUCAUGCGCUGCAAUGCAACCUGCCCUAGCCCACCAAUACCAUUCCUUACAUCAGCAGCAACUGCAGCAGCAGCAGCAGCAACACCCCCAUCCCCACCACCCCGCUGCUGACGUGGUGCACCGCCUGAUGCUCACAUUGGAGGAGCUGUACAGCGGUUGCGUGAAGCAGUUGCGGUUAGCGCGGCGGGUGUACGGAAGCUGCAACGGAACUGCUGAUGCUAGUGCUGCUAAUGCUGGUGCUGCUGCUGGUGCUGCGGGUGCUGGCGGUGAAGGUGGUACGGCAGCGGCGGCGGCAGCAGGAGUGGGUUGUACGGCAGCGAAUGGUGGUGGUGGUGGUGGUGGUUGUACGGCGGGUUGUACGGCAGCAGCAGCGGUGCUUCCCGGGGAGGCUGUGUCCUGUCGCCGAGUGGAGGAGUUGUUCCGAGUGGUGGUGCAGCCGGGGUGGAAGGAGGGCACCCGGGUGACGUUCCCAGGCAAGGGCAACCAGCUGCCUUGCGGCUCCCGAGGUGACAUGGUGCUGGUGGUUGCCCAGGCAGCCCACACCACCUUCAUCCGCCGCGGCAAUGACCUGCAUGCAACGGUGGAGGUGCCGCUGCUGCAGGCACUGACGGGCGGCGCUGCGGCGCUCACCACCCUGGACGGACGGCGACUGGAGUUACGACUGGGACCGGCAUGUCUGCAGCCGUUCAGCCAGCGGGUGGUGAAGGGGGAG